CGUGGCGGUGAUCGAAUGUAGCGCACCCCGCUGGCUACUUGAGGGAGGGCGGUGCUAGCGGUGCCCAGGCAGCAGCAGGGCCUCGCCUUUGUGGUUGUAGGAAGAGAAGAUGGCUCCCGUUCUGGAGAAGCAGCUCCCGGGCGCAGGCGACAACAGCAACGAAGACGAAGAAGGACAAACCCUCUGGACCUCGAUACUGAGUGAAGUUUCCACCCAAUCGACCUCAAAGUUGCCAUCGGGAAAACACAUCCUGGUGUUUGGUGAGGAUGGAUCAGGAAAAACAUCGCUUAUGGCCAAACUUCAAGGAGCUGAUCACAACAAGAAAGGGAGGGGGCUUGAGUAUCUGUACUUAAGUGUCCAUGAUGAGGACCGAGACGACCUUUCCCGUUGCAAUGUGUGGAUCCUGGAUGGGGAUAUAUACCACAAAGGCCUACUCAAGUUCGCUGUUUCAGCUCAGUCGCUACCUGACUGUCUAGCUAUAUUUGUUGUGGACAUGUCACGGCCCUGGACCAUUAUGGAUUCUCUACAGAAGUGGGCCAGUGUGCUGCGUGACCACGUAGACAAGCUCAGGAUCCCUCCUGAGAACCUGAGAGAAAUGGAGCAGAGAAUGGUAAAAGCGUUCCAAGAGUACACAGAACCAGAGGAUACCAACACAUCCUCCCCACAGAGACGGGCUCCAACAGCAGGGGAAGACGAGGCUGUUGUGCUCCCGCUUGGGGAAAACACACUCACACACAAUCUGGGCAUUCCAGUGCUAAUAGCUUGCACAAAGUGUGACUCAAUCAGCGUACUAGAGAAGGAGCAUGACUACAGAGAGGAGCAAUUUGAUUUCAUCCAGUCCAACGUCAGGCGAUUUUGCUUACAGUAUGGCGCUGGCCUGAUCUACACCUCAGUCAAAGAGGAGAAGAACCUGGAUCUGCUUUACAAAUAUUUAGUACACAAGAUUUAUGACUUCCAGUUCACCACACCUGCCUUAGUGGUGGAGAAGGAUGCAGUUUUCAUUCCGUCUGGAUGGGAUAAUGAGAAGAAGAUUGGGAUUUUGCAUGAAAACUUCUCAACAGUCAGACCCGAAGAUCCUUUUGAAGAUUUUAUCACAAAGCCUCCAGUUCGGAAGCUGGUUCAUGAUAAAGAGAUAAAUGCAGAGGAUGAGCAGGUUUUUCUGAUGAAGCAACAGUCUAUGUUAGCAAAGCAGCCAGCCACACCAACAAGAGGGGCAACAGAGUCUCCAGGACGGCCAUCGUCUGCGUCUCCCAGGCCUGCAGGUCGAGCUGGCCAACCCACUGCGACCAGCGGCUCACCAAUGGCUGCAGUCAAAAAGCCUGACCCCAACAUGAAAGCGGGGGCUGCCAGUGAGGGAGUGCUGGCUAACUUCUUCAACAGUCUGUUGAGUAAAAAGACCGGGUCCCCAGGAAGUCCAGGAAGCCCUGGAAGCCCCGGAGCUGGAGCAGUGGGAGCUGGAGUGCAAGGGUCUGCCAAGAAAACAGGGCAGAAGCCGGGUUUGACUGACGUCCAGGCCGAGUUGGACAGAAUGACUCGCAAACAAGACUCCAUGGUUUCCGCCAACAACAUCCCACCGCCGACAGAAAACGAAGCGUGAAGGCAACAAAAGCGACUGCAUCGUCCACUGCGUUAAUACUUUGGAAAAAAUACAUUUUUUUAAAUAACGACCAAAUUCCCAAUGUCUAUAUCAGUCUGCACACAAAUGGGUGUCACCGAAAUGAGUUUGAGAUGCUAUCAGAUAUGCUGGUGUUCUGGUGAGUUUGGAGGAGAGAGAGAUGACAAAGAUGGAGGUGUUAAUGAGAUGGAACGCGUUGAGGGCUUGGCUUUAUUUCUGUCCUCUCUUCCAGUGUAAAUGUUCUUUUGUGAGGGAUGUUGGGAUGAUGGAAAUGUGUGCACACUCCCUGGCAGACAGCCUGGUGUGCUCGGCUGCAGGCACCAAGGGUCUUGGGGGUAGAAAAUGUUCUCCUCAUGGGUUUAGUGGAAAUAUACUGGCCCUGUGGCCUCUGGUUCAGAUUAUCUGAUGGAAGGAAUUCGGUUGCGAUUGGAAAGGUAUUUAAACAACAAAUAUAUUCACUGAAAAAAAGCAAUUAAAGUAUUUGCAGACAUAUGUAGUAUGUAAAAAGCAAAAAAUGUUGGAUAUGAUACUGAUGUAUUUAUACAAAGUUCUGUCUUAUUUUAUUUUGUGCACCAUUUAUCGGUUUAAUGAAACAUCAUGAUCUGCAACACCUAACGCGAUAAAAUGCCACUCACGUCAUGACACUAAUGUGACAAGUCCAGAUAGCUGACAGCAUAUCAUAUCAUUUGACCUCGGCAUCCUGAAGGAUUCUGUAAAUAUAAAAUUAUUUCGUUUAAUCUGGAUUUUGUAUAAAAUGCAAUUCUGUCCAAAUUCUGAAAAUGGCUUCUUUAACUAUAUGAGACUCGUAGAGGUUGCAACAGAAUCUCUUCUUUAGCUACAGGUAUGUAUAUUCGGGGAGGGGGUGGGCAGCAUCUUUCCUACUAUAACUCCUAAGUGCCUCGCACAGUUAGCUGUUCGUGUCUUAGUAGAGGUGCUCGUCUGCGGAAGAGGAGAGGCCCUGUAGCGCAAUCGGUUUUUGUCCAUUUCUUGUCAUCCAAAUAAUUUAUUUCAUUUUACAUUUUUGUUAAUGUACAACAAGCCUGUGGUCACUGUUAUUUCUCAGAAUGAAAAGUUUCUGUGGCCUAGUUACUAGUGUUCAAUAGAGCAAUAGAUUGAAUGCCUUCAUAGAAAACUGUAAAGGCUGCUGAUAUUAAGAAGAGACCACAGGGUGGAACUUUUUGGGUCCCUCAGAAGAACACUCGCUGUAGUUGAAACCACUCGCUUUGCAGCCGAAACACACACACACACAACACUUCUCUGUGGUUUGAACAAAAUGAGAUAUUGUAUAGUUCAGUGUUUGACGGCACUGUCCUCCCCUUUUGGCUUCACGUGGUUUAUUCACACUGUACUUCGCAUGUCAGUUACAACAUUCCCCGUUUCUAUAUGAAGUCGUUGUAGAGACACAUCCCUGUAGGAAACCAGUUCAUUUCCCGACAGAUCUUUUUCGUUCCGCCUCUUUCGGUGCCCUUUUUAAAACGACGCCCUUUGCCUUCAAUGUACAGCUAACACUUUGUCACACUGGGCGCCCUGCCUUCACAGGAAUGCUCCUAAUUCAUUUGUGUGUCCUUAAGGGGGUUGCUUAAUUGUGUUAUGUAGUUUCUUUUCGUUUUUUAAAGUAAAACCAUUAACUGUACCAUAUCAAAUCAUCUGUAAUAAUAUUGAUGGUUUCAUGGAGCCAUGUUAUCAUACUUGAGUUUUUUAUGCAAGGCCCUGCUUAAUCCAAUGGAUAAUGAAAAUCAGUAGCUUUCACAGAUAAAUGGGAUGUGUGAAGAGAGCAGCUGUUUGUUAUUCAAAUAACAGCAAAAAGGAGAAAACGGGAAUUGGAACAUGGAACCAAAGAUACUUAAUCACUGCUUUUAUAGAUGAUAAUCAUCCAUAGGAUUAAUCUGUGGCUGUUUUUUUUUGUCCUACUGUUGCAUGGAGCUCUUGCAUUCCACAUGUCAGACCUGCCUUUGAUCUCUGUUUUGACUAACACCCUAAAAAAUGCCUUAUUUCGACCAUAUCUGCGAUGUGAGAAGUCAAAAAGAAAACCUGCCAUAAUUGUGUUCUGAUAGAAUCGGGCAAAUUCACUGAACUGGUACACAAAUGCAAUUAGGUUCAACGUCAUUUACUCUGUAAGGGAAUAACCACAACAUGCAUGAUGCUACUCAACUAUUAUGAUUUACUUUUGAUCCCAAUUAAGCUCUUAUUAUUUUAAUUCUCUUUAUUUCUUGUGACUGGGUGGGACGUGCACCUGAGGGUCUGUUAUCCGAGGUGGAUAAAGCACAAUUUUCAGAACAGCCAGGAGCAGAACCACCACAUGUUUAUUUUCGCACUUUUCCAUGGACACUUGUAUCAUUUCCCUGUUGCUACAGUUGAAAACACAGAAUGCAUAUUUUUCUCUCUUGCCUUACCUUUUUAGAUCAUUUAGCGAAGAACGUAGAAUCUAACCUACACCUUAAAACUGCAUUGUUUAUCUGCAUUUGCUGCUUAAGUUAUGGAAAGUGCCCCUUGUGGUUAACCAUGGAAUAAUUUCUUUCUGCCGGUGAUAUUGUAUGUUCAAUGUCAACCCCGUGGAAAUGAUUGUCAUUACACUUUUGGAAUGUUUUUUUCGGGGGACAUCUUGAAGUAGAUAAACCAAAUAAAUGUCCAUUCAUUUUCAGGGUCGUCCUUUUUUUUUAUGCUCAUGAAACAUCCCUUCGUAUCUUUUUACAUCUUACACAGGCAUGUUUUGCGUCAGUUUUUUUUAAAUAUAUAUAAUUUGGCCAUUUUCACCUUUUAAAAAUGAGUUUUGUAAUGUCACCCUAACCCCUCUGACUGCGCUGAUUUGUCCAUACAAAACAGAACCACACUUUUUGAAUUUGGAAUUUAGCCGAGUGGAAUGAAGCGCUCUCAUGCUGCUCUGUCUCAAAGUUGCACUAAACUCUUCAUAAAGAUUGGAUGUUGCUUCUAAGAUGGAACAAUGACCAGAUGAUGGUAACUUUUGUACUCGGACGUCAGUUGACAGCAACUGCCUCCUCACGUCCUAACUGAAUGGCCUUCGACCACUAUCGACAGUCUGCAUCGAUGUGAGACUACAGAGCUUCUGCUUCCAGUACUUUUUGUAUUCAGGAUAUCAUGAUAUUGUAAACACGUGGCUGGCUGCAUUCUUCUGUGUCCUGAACUAAUUAAGAAGUUUGAUUGUAUCACUUAAAACACAAUUGUGUAGCCUCUGAGCUGCCGCGUGGAUUCUCGCUUCUCACACCGACAAAGAUAAGGAAUAUGUUUAUCAGACCCCUGGCUUCAAUAAAACCAAGAAUCCAAACUGUGGUUGACUAACA